AUGGUUUAUAGUUGUUCUAUGUCAUGUUUUCAGGGUGGUUCAAGUAAAACAAUGGUUAUGGCUGCAAGACCCAGUAAGGUUUACAUUCCUUUUGAGCCUCUUUUGCAAAAGAUAACUGCUUGGCUGCAGUUCCCUGCACCAGUUUAUGGUUUCAUUGAUAGUGCUAGGAAUAAUGCCUGGGUCAAGUUGUUCGGCCAAAUAGUCGAUCACGUAUCUGACUUCACAUAUGAUCAGCUUAGGCUCCAUGAAUUGUGUUUGAAGCUGUUUAGGAACAAAUGUGCUGAAUUAUUACAAGAUAAAGGGAAAUCUCCUAAGCCAGUUACAGGGGAGAGCUCUGGACAUGGCUUGGGUGUGGACAAUGUGCAUGUAUCCAUUGAUUAUGCACAAGUGUUGGUGAUCGUUGUGCGGAAAACUGGUGCAUCUGUAACAACAAUUGAAACAACUUGGGUAGAGGGUCAUGGCUUUGUCUCAUGGGUUAUGAUUAGCUGUCCCCGAAGUAAUAGUGGAAUGGAAUGCAUUUUUAGUGAGUUUUGUGCUUCAGCAAGCGUUGCUGAGCAAAGAGUUUCGAAGAAGGCGGUGUUUUACUUGGCCUGUAAGUAUAACCUUGAGAUAGUUGAUGCUAACUAUGGAGCUACAGCGAAGAUGAGUAGAGAGUGCUACUUGCUAAGAGAGAAGUACUUAAUUCUAAAGGCACAUCUUCACCGAUUGGAACAUGCUCCUCCACAAGCUCCUACUACAUCGCCCGUAGUUCAUGAGGAAAAUGUAUCCCCAGUUGAUGAAGCUGCCCCUGUCCCGGUUAGGAGCACUCUGCCAGUUACUCCAGCUAAGCGUAAGAAACUACUGCAAGUGGCUCAUGAACAAGAAUUAGAGGCAAGCACCUCGGGACAGGCAGUAUCUGGUUUGCUGGAAUUAGGGCAGUUGUUUUGUGAUCGUCAGUAUGGUAUUCCGUGUUUAUCACGUAAAAGUUAUGACAGAAUGAAAAAGGCUUCCCAACAGGCAUCUCAGUUAGCUAAACAUAGUGAACAACAAGCCGGACAAUCUUCUGUGUCACGCGUUUCAAGACGAAAUCGAUUACUGAAUGGAUCCAUGGAAGUGCAAUCUGAUAGAAUACAGUCACAUUGUGUGCCUAUUACGUCUGGCAAUGAAACAGCCCAGGCAUCAUUAAGUAAGCAGCACGGACCAAAUAAGCUAUCACGAUCACGUGUAACUAAAAAAAAGCGUAGUCUUGAUGAAAUGGCGCAGAUACAACCAAAGAGGUCAGUGCACAAGAAAAGGAAAUCUCAACCAAAACCCAAGCCACAGCUCAUUCCUGCUGCUAUGUCUGGUCAGCCACUUUCAAUUGCACCUCUGAAAUUACCGUCUCCUGCAUGGUGUGUGAAAUGUGGUGCAAAGAUGUUUGCUUUUGAAACUCUGAAUUUCUGUUGUGGUGAUGGAGAUAUCAAAAUUGCAACAAAUGAAUACCCUUCAGAACUUAAGCGAUUGUUCACCUCAAAGGAUGAAGAUGCAGUUCACUUCCGAACUUAUGCUAGGCUUUAUAAUAACUUAUUUGCAUUUAGUUCUUUAGAAGGGAAGUUUGAUGCAGGAACAUAUAAAGGCAUAUAUGUAUUUAAGAUGCAUGGGCAGAUGUAUCAUUUUGUUCCAAAUUUAUUGCCUGAUAAUGGUGCCCCUAGAUAUUUGCAGCUGUACUUUUAUGAUGGACAGAAUGAGGGUAAAAAUAGACUAAAAUGUUUUACAGAAGUGAGGCAAGAAGUGAUUGAUAUUCUAAUGCGUGUGUCUCAGCAGAAUCCAUAUGCAGUGUUCUUUCGGUCUCUUAAGGAAAGGCAACUCACUGUAGACACAAAGAUUGUCCUGAAUCAGAGUACAGUGCUAGAUCAGCGUGUCUACAACGCUCCUGCUGUGGAUGAUGUUGCUGUAAUAUGGCCAGAAGAUGCAUCAUCCAGUCAGAGCUCAAGUCCUCAUAUCUUAGUUUAUGGAAAAGGUGAAGAGUCUCAUAGGAUAUAUCAUAACUAUGGUUGUUAUGAUCCAUUGCAAUAUCCUUUAUUAUUCCCUCGUGGAGAAUGCGGUUGGACUCAAGGUUUAAAGAAUCAGUCUCAUGGAACUGCAAGACAAACUGUUUCAUUGCCAGAUCCUAUAAUGUCCUGUGCUGUGCACAGUGCUGAGGAUUUGCUGGAUGAAGAGGAUAAGAGAGCAUCUAAGAAGAACACUAGAGCAGAUAAGUUCAUGUCUGCAAGGGAGUACUACGCCUACAAGUUGCAGAUUCGCCCUGAAAACCUGUUGCUGAGAGCUGGUAGAUGUUUUCAGCAAUAUAUAGUUGACAUGUAUGUCAAGAUUGAAAACACUCGUCUGGAUUAUUUUCGAAAUAAUCAACAGAGUAUACGGGCUGAAUUAUAUCAGGGUAUCUUAGAUUCAUUAGACUAUGGAGAGACUGUUGCUCAUAAUGUAGGGCGUAGGGUAAUCUUACCCCCAACAUUUAUUGGAGGACCUCGAGAUAUGAAGAAAUGGUACCUCAAUGCCAUGGCUCUGGUGCAACGAUAUGGAAAACCUGAUUUCUUUGUAACUAUUACUUGUAAUGCUAACUGGCCUGAAAUAAAGGCUGAAUUAGCUCCUGGUGAAACAGCACAGGAUCGUCCUGAUUUAGUAGCCAGGAUUUUCAGAGCCAAAUUAUUACUUUUAAAGAAGGAAAUAAUGGAUAAAAAAAUCUUUGGUGAAGUUUCUGCAAUGGUGUACGUAGUUGAGUUCCAAAAAAGAGGGCUACCACAUGCUCAUUUCUUAAUCAUAUUGAAAUCAGAGUGGAAAAUGAAAUGUCCUGUUGAUUAUGAUAAGUUUGUGUGCGCUGAGAUACCAUCUGUGGGUAAUAAUAGUCUACGUAAAACUGUUUUGGCACAUAUGAUGCAUGGUCCUUGUGGUGUAUCAAAUCCAGAGUGUCCAUGUAUGCGUAACAAGGCUGGUACAUUGGUCUGUAAAAAUAAAUAUCCUAAACAGUUUUCUGAUGAAACUACUAAUAAUAAAGAUGGUUAUCCUAUCUACAGGAGGCGUGAUACUGGAGAAAUGGUUAAGAUACGUGGCACAUAUCUUGAUAACCAGUGGGUUAUUCCAUAUAAUCCUUACCUUUCAGCACUGUUUGAUUGCCAUUUAAAUGUUGAGGUCUGCUCUACGAUUAAAGCAGUGAAGUACCUAUAUAAGUAUGUAUAUAAGGGCCAUGAUAGAGUGUCAUUCAAUAUAGUGCCUGGAGAGGAUACUUCUGUUGAUGAAAUCAAGCAGUUCCAGUCAGGAAGAUGGGUAUCACCUUGCGAAGCUGCCUGGAGAAUAUUUAGUUUUGAUUUAUUUGAGAUGCAUCCUCCAGUUCUACCAUUGCAAGUACAUUUGCCAAAUGCACAAACUGUGCAUUUGCAUCCACAUGAGAGAUUACAAGCUGUUGUUGCUAAUUCUAAACGGUCACGUACUCAGCUGACUGAAUUUUUUGCAGUCAAUGCAGCCAUUGAAGGAGGUACAGGGCACCUGUAUGGUGAAUUUUGUGAACAUUACAGAUGGGAAGCAAGUAGUAAACAAUGGAAGGAACGAGUUUUAGAUAGAUUUUCUGUUGGUCGGUUGGCAUUUGUAUAUCCUGCAGAAGGGGAGCGUUUUUUUCUUACGCCUACUGCUACUGAAUCCUUGAAAUUAGGUUUAAUAGAAAAUGAUGAUAUUGUAGACUUAACAUUGUCCGAGGCUUCAGAGGUGCAAAUGCCUGAUGCUUUACGCCGAUUAUUUGCUACAGUGCUUAUGUUUUGUCAGACAGCUGAUCCAUCUGCUUUAUGGCUUAAGUUUUACCCCUUUUUGUCCGAGGAUUUCAGUCAUAAAUAUGCUAACAAUGUGUUAAAGAUUCAUCAGUUAACUGUGCAAUCUAUUGAGGGAUACCUUGAAGCUAUGGGAAAAUCAUUGUCAGCGUUUGGUUUAGAGCAUUUAAACGCUCAGGAUGAUGUUGAGUUUAGGAGAACAAAGGAUAUUAUUGAUGCUCUUGAUGCUCCUAUCCCAGAAGAAUGCCUUUCAUGUCGGUCUAGGCUCAAUUCUGAACAAAAUGCUGCAUUUUCAUGUAUUUUGCAAUAUGUCAUUGAAGGGAAACCAGGAGCUUUUUUUAUUGAUGGUCCAGGAGGGACUGGUAAAACAUUUUUAUACAAUGCUUUAUAUGCAGAGGUUAGACUCAUGAACAAGAUCGUUUUGCCAACAGCAACAUCGGGUAUUGCUGCAGCAAAUAUACCUUCAGGGCGCACAGCCCAUUCAAGGUUUAAAAUUCCACUUGAUAGUGAUGCUUCAUUGGCUUGUGAUGUUCCUAAACAAGGUAGUCUGGCAGCAUUAUUGAAGGAAACUACAUUGAUAAUCUGGGAUGAAGCUUCGAUGGCUAAAAAACAUAAUAUUGAAUCUUUGGAUUUACUACUGCAAGAUAUAUGUGAUAAUAAAACUAUGUUUGGAGGUAAAGUUGUUGUGUUUGGAGGUGAUUUUAGGCAAGUGUUGCCAGUUGUACCUCACAGGUCAAUGAAAGAGGCAGUAGAGACCAGUAUUGUGACUUCGUAUUUAUGGCCUAAAUUCAUCAAAUACAGGUUGGUAGAAAAUAUAAGAGCUCAAAACGAUUUAUCUUACUCUAAAUUCUUACUAGCCUUGGGUAAUGGUGAGCUGCAAGAUUCAGAAUCUGCUUAUAUACAUUUACCAGCUCAGGUUGCACAGUUUUGUGACAAUGAAGAGGAUUUAGCUUCUGAACUGCUACGAACGACGUUCCCUGAAAUGAUGCAGGGUAAUCUUUCUGCUGACUGUUUUAUCAAUCGGGCAAUCUUCUGGUGCCUUGCCUACAUAUGUAAUUAUAUACUGCUGCACUGUAAAUGCAAGUGGAAUUAA